GAUAGACGUCAACUUUGACAGAUCUUUGGAGAUCCUGGUUACAAAAGAAUAAUAAUAAUGUCUUCAUUACCGUGGAUUAAAACUUCUAAAAGGUUACUGGAGGCAGUGGGUUUGGUAAAUUCAAUACCCGAUGAUGAUGAUAUGUACAGAGAAGUUUUGUUGCAAAGUGUCGAAGGUGACUUCCCGGAGGAGUACUUGAAAUCUCUCGAAAGUUCACUGAAAUUGUCCGGCGACAACGUGCAGAUUCUCGUGCAGUGCAUCGAGUACAUAAUGACGAAGGCCAAUCAGAUCAUAAUCAAGCCGUCGGUGUUGCAGAAGAAUUUGGUGGAGGUCCUGAAAUUCGAGAACGAGAAAGCCGAGUGUUUCGUCAAGGUGUGGUCGGAGCAGGCGGCGAAGAGGUUCGGGGAUUUGGGUACGAGGAAGAAGGUGGACGACGUGACGUGGGAGAUAGUUUUACGGAGCGAUGAGCUCCGCGGGAGAUUUCAGCUCAGCUUAUCCGAUUUCCUCGGAGCGGACGAUGAAAGGGUCACGCUCGAUCUGAGCGAAGCGGAAUUAACCGAACUGUAUCUUAAAUUGGAGGAUUGUCAGAAUAAAUUAGACUCUUUGCGUUGAUUGCGCGUGUU